UCCCUCCAGAGUCACGUAGCUCUGCGGCAUCCAGAGCCAGAAGCCUUUGGAAGAGAAGCAGCAGCAGAAAGAAAGGAAGGUAAGGAGUAGCAAAGCAGAGGAGAAACCCUUUAAAUAAAAUUAUAGAGGGAAAAAGAUGUUUGCCAAGAUGACGCUCCAUUACUCAGCGCUCACGACGGAGCGAAAGGGAGAGCUGUUUGACAUCGCCCAGCGGAUCGUGGCCCCGGGGAAGGGCAUUUUGGCCGCAGAUGAGUCCGUUGGAAGCAUGGCCAAGCGCCUGAACCAGAUCGGGGUGGACAAUACGGAGGAGAACCGCCGCCUCUACCGCCAGAUCCUCUUCAGCGCCGACAGCCGGAUCAAGAGCUGCAUCGGGGGCGUCAUCUUCUUCCACGAAACCAUGUACCAGAAGGCGGAUGAUGGCACCCCCUUCGUCGACAUGAUCAAAGAGAAGGACAUUGUGGUCGGCAUCAAGGUGGACAAAGGAGUUGUGCCCCUUGCUGGGACCGAUGGAGAAACCACCACCCAAGGUCUGGAUGGGCUCUCGGAGCGUUGUGCCCAGUACAAGAAGGACGGGGCCGACUUUGCCAAGUGGCGCUGCGUCCUGAAGAUUUCGGAGCACACGCCGUCUUCCCUGGCCAUCAUGGAGAAUGCCAAUGUCUUGGCACGCUAUGCCAGCAUCUGCCAGCAGAAUGGCAUUGUGCCCAUUGUAGAGCCAGAGAUCCUCCCGGAUGGAGACCACGACUUGAAGCGUUGCCAGUAUGUGACCGAAAAGGUGUUGGCUGCUGUCUACAAGGCCCUGAGCGACCACCACGUCUACCUGGAAGGGACUCUGCUCAAGCCCAACAUGGUGACCCCUGGCCAUGCUUGCCCCACCAAAUACAGCGCCGAGGAGAUCGCAAUGGCCACCGUGACAGCCCUGCGCCGCACUGUGCCACCCGCUGUGCCAGGCAUCACCUUCUUGUCCGGCGGGCAGAGUGAGGAGGAGGCCUCCAUCAACCUCAACGCCAUCAACAACUGCCCGCUGCCCAAGCCCUGGGCACUAACCUUCUCCUACGGCCGGGCCCUGCAAGCUUCAGCCCUCAGCGCCUGGCGGGGUGAACGGGAGAAUGAAAACUCGGCCACCGAGGAGUUUGUGAAGCGCGCCGAGGCCAACAGCCUGGCGGCUCUGGGGAAGUACGAAGGCUCUGGAGAUGAUGCAGGAGCCGCGGGGCAAUCUCUCUAUGUAGCCAACCAUGCUUACUGAGUGCCCCCCGUGCCCCCUUCCGGGGCCGGCUUGUAGCCCCCUGCCCCACUGACGGACCCUGCCACUCUUGCUGCCGCCCUCAUUUCCAGCCACACCAGUUGCACCCCUCUCGCCUGAGCUUUUUCUAUCGUAGCCACAAGAGGAGAGCCAAGUAGCCGCGGAGUGUCUGGCGCCCAAUGCGCAAAUGGCGUGAGUGGAAGAAGAAAUUAUAGGACCCUGCAAUGGUACGGUGGGGGUGGAAAACGCACCCCAGGCCUACCUUGCAGGGUCGUUGUGGGGCAGUGGGGGAGAAUUAGAGCCCAGACCUACCUUGCAGGGUCGUUGCAGGGCAGUGAGGUGAAUUGGAAACCCAAACUACUUGCAGGGUCCUUGUGGGCGAGAAGUGAGGAAAGCAUAACCCAGCCCUACCUUGCAUGUUUGUUGUGGGUCAGCAGGGAAACCAUAACUCAGCCCUACCUUGCAGGCUUGUUGUGGGUCGUCCAGGGAAGCCAUAACAUAGACCUACUUUCUAGGGUUGUUGUAAGUCAGCCGAGGAAAGCAUCAUCCUGACCUAUCUUGCAGGGUCGUCGUAGGCCAGCAAGUCUAACCCAGGCUCACUUUGCAAAUGUGAGUUGCAAAUUUGCAUUUGGAAGCACCAGGGAGAUGUUUGUCGCACCCACAUUCUGCAGGCAAAAGUGGGCUUCGGGGUGAAAGUGUCACCCCAAGUGUCACCCCUUUCUGUUUCGCAAAGGCUGGCAGGAGAUCCCCGAUUUGGGAGAGCGGUUGCCCCCUUGCCAGGCACUCCAGCACCCCUCUCUGCCUGCCUGCCUGCCCCACACUUCUGUCAAUAUUUGGGGUCCUCCUUUGCUCCCUGAGCCUCUCGUGGGGCUCCCCACUUCCAUGUGAGCCAUAGCUUUGCAGCGGCGCUCCAUGUUCAUGCCCCCUUUUGGUGGUCCCCUGUGCCACGUGGGCGCCAUGGGCCACUAUGGGGCAAGGAGCCUGUCGCUGCCGUGUGUGUGACCGUGCGCAUGUGAGGUUGUGUGCCAUGUGCUCCGUAUGCACCCCAUGUACUGAAAUAUUCCCCCGAACUAAUAAACCAUAGAGGAGUGAAG